AUGGCCAAGUUCGUUGGCAACAGCGUCGAGACGAUGCCGAUCAGCGUAAACCUGACGCAGCGCGGCGUGCUGCUCGCGCUGAAAAAGGCCUGGGGAGGGAAUUUCUACCAGUCGGAAACGUGGCUGGAGUCGGCUCAAGACGAGCUCUGGUGGGGUGUGACGAUUAACGAAUUCGGAUCUGUUACAGCGUUGGAGUUACCACGUGCGGAGAUCGCCGGCCCGCUCCCGUUGCUGCUGACGAAGCUCACGGGGCUGACCGCGCUGGACCUCAGGGGGAACCAUCUGAGAGGGAGCAUUCCCAAAGGGUUACUCGCGGCGUUACCCGGUCUGCAGUCGCUGUACCUCAGCGAUAAUAACCUUGUUGGCGAGUUUCCUUUUAACGAGGUUUUCAGGAAGCCGGUUGUUCCCAUGGCGAUGUUGCAGAUUGACGGUAACGUCUUCACGGGGACCAUCGCCGACGACGUUUUCGCGAAUGCGACGGCGCUUCAGUCGCUUGGCCUCUCCGCCAACAAGUUCUCUGGAGUAAUUCCCUCCAGCCUGGGCAACUGUCGGCAAAUCUCAGCCAUUGAUCUGAGCGACAACCAGUUCACGGGGCAGAUUCCAGGAAGCAUAGCUGGCCUCCCUGCCCUGUCAAUCUUUGACGUCGGUCAGAACAAACUUUCCGGGGUCAUCCCGGAUUUCUUGGGCAACUUCCCCAACAUGAUGAACCUCGAUCUGAGCGACAACCAGUUCUACGGGGUCGUUCCGGCAACCUUUUCCAAGUUCGGGCAGACAUUGCGGGCAGUGAAGCUGGCCAACAAUUAUCUCACGGGUCCCCUGCCUCAAUUUCCGAACCUUGGCCAGGGCUGUGGCUCUCCGGGUCCCGACGGCUCCGACAGCAUCUCGUGCUACAUGUUCAGCGUUCUCCUGGACUUUUCGGGAAAUUAUUUUGAGGGCAGCACGCAGUUGACUAUUCAGGUGCCCGGGUCGGAGGACUACCCUGGCACAUCUCAAGUCUGCCCAGCUGAUUAUCCUGAGAGGAUUCUUGUGGAGGGUAACUGCCUGACGACUGACGGUGUAGGGGAUGCAGAAUGUACGGCUGACGGUCAGAAGCUUCCUGAGGAGUGUAGCGCAUUCUGCGGAACUGGGACUCCGGAAUCUGAAGAUGAAGACGAAACUUUUGAGUCGAUUGAGAAGUUGAUCACGCAGGGAAUUAAUGCUGGAGACGUUAAGAAACUUCAGGAUGCUGGACUGCCAAUCAACAUGAAAGGUGGCAAUGGUAAAGUGGCCUUCAUUGACACCGAAGGAACAUUCCGUCCAGAGAGAAUCGUUCCAAUUGCCGAGAGGUUUGGCUUGGAUCCAAAUGCGGUGCUUGACAAUAUCAUAUUCGCUCGAGCUUACACGCACGAGCAUCAAUACCAGCUUCUCAUUGCACUUGCCGCGAAAAUGGCUGAAGAGCCCUUCAAGCUGCUGAUCAUCGACUCUAUCACAGCUUUGUUCAGGGUGGAUUUCACGGGGCGUGGAGAACUCGCGGAGAGACAGCAAAAACUGGCGCAAAUGCUCUCAAGAAUCACGAAGAUAUCUGAGGAGUUCAAUGUAGCUGUCUUUCUUACAAACCAAGUUAUUGCUGACCCCGGAGGAGGAACAUUCGUAGCUGAUCCCAAGAAACCUGCCGGAGGUCAUGUGAUGGCUCAUGCAUCCACCGUGCGGUUGAUGUUCCGCAAGGGCAAGGGAGAGCAACGCAUAUGCAAGGUCAUCGACUCUCCAAAUCUGCCUGAGUCUGAAGCUACUUUCGCGAUUGCCAAUGGAGGAGUCGUGGACGCAAAGGAUUGA